AUGGACCUUUCAGAAGUCUUCCUAUGUGACUUGUUCCCUGGCAUAGUGCAUUUCAUACUUCCAUCUCAAGUAUCAAGCAUGCCUGAAUGCAAAAAUGUACCACUGUCUACUUUUGAUCUACCUGAUUCUGAUCAAGAUGAUCUCCAAAACUCUACUGGCAGUACGUAUACAGAGAACCUGAAUUUCCUCCUCUCCACUUUAUCCUCAAAUACUUCCUUGACCAGCAGGAAUGGCUUCUACAACUUCACUGCUAGCCAUGACCCCUCUAACAUGGUCUAUGGCCUAUUUCUUUGUCGAGGUGAUGUGAAUCCCGAUGUUUGUGGACAAUGUGUAGCAAAUGCCCGUGGGGAGAUUCUAAAGACAUUCUUGAAUCGAAAGACUGCUUUUAUUUCGCAUGACGAAUGCUUGUAUGCACUGUACAAGUUUUACAGUUCUGUAAGCCCAACACCCAAGCCUUCAUCGAAUCUUGGUCCUACUCCUCUCCCUUUUCCCCCUCCUUCCAAUUCCACUAAUAGUGAAGGUACAAGUGAAAUCUCAAUCAUAGAAUCAUUACAAUAUAACCUCAUUGAUAUUCAAGCUACCACGAACAACUUUGCCAUUGGAAACAAAAUUGGUGAAGGUGGAUUUGGUCCUAUAUACAAGGGUACACUUCAUAAUGGACAAGAAAUAGCUGUGAAAAGACUAUCAAGAAGCUCAGCGCAAGAUACAAAAGAAUUUAAAAAUGAAAUUACCCUGGUUGCUAGGCUUAAACACAGAAACCUGGUCCGACUACUUGGUUUCUGCUUGGAAAGAGAAGAAAGGAUACUUAUCUAUGAAUUUAUUACCAACAAAAGCCCUGACUACUAUCUUUUUGACCUAGAAAAGCAGCCAUUGUCAAAUUGGUCAAAACGAUACAAGGUCAUAGGAGGAAUAGCAAAGGGACUUCUUUAUCUUCAUGAAGAUUCACGACUUAGGAUUAUACAUUGCGAUCUUAAAGCCAGUAACGUAUUACUAGAUAGAAAUAUGGAUCCAAAGAUUGCUAAUUUUGGCUUGGCAAGGCUCUUUGAAGUUGAUCAAACUGAAGGAAACACAAGUAAAAUCGAAGGGACAUUUGGUUAUAUGGCUCCUGAGUACGCAUUGCACGGCUUGUUCUCUGUAAAGUCAGAUGUGUUUAGUUUUGGUGUUUUAGCUUUAGAAAUUCUAAGUGGCAAGAAGAACAGUCAAUUCUACCAAGCUCACCGCGAAGAUGACCUUCUAAGUUAUGCUUGGAGACAAUGGAGGGAUGGAACAACACUAGCAUUGAUAGAUGUUUAUUUGGAUAGU